UAAUGGGACGCACCGCAAACACUUCCUAAUAAACACAGCUCGAUCAUUCAUUACAUUAAAAACGAGCCAAAACAUCCCAUCUUUUCAUGUAGUUUAGAUAUAUGGCUUCAACCAUGAUUCCAUACACUGUCAACAUUAAACUGGCCGCACGGACACUGACCGGAACCCUCAAUUUGCAGAACAAGACAGCAGUGGACUGGGGAUGGCAGGGUCUGAUCGCUCAAGGCUGUCACUCUAGCAUCCUCAUCAUUGAUCCAAACACAGCUCAGACUAUUCAAGUCCUGGAGAGACACAAAGCCAAUGUAGUCAAGGUGAAAUGGUCCAGAGAAAACUACCACCACAGUCUGAGCUCGCCCUACUCUCUGCGUCUGGCGUCUGCGGAUGCGGCAGGGAAGAUCAUCGUGUGGGAUGUGGUGAGCGGUAUGGCACACUGCGAGAUCCAGGAGCACAGCAAACCCAUUCAGGAUAUGGACUGGUUGUGGGCUCAGGAUGCUUCUCGUGAUCUUCUUCUGGCCGUUCACCCUCCCAACUAUAUCGUUCUGUGGAACGGAGACACGGGCACCAAGCUGUGGAAGAAGAGCUACGCUGAGAACAUCCUGUCCUUCUCAUUUGACCCCUUUGAGCCCUCCAAUCUGGCCUUGCUGACCAGCGAGGGUAUAGUCUUCAUCACAGAUUUCUCACACUCUAAGCCACCGGGCAGUGGAGGCAAGAAGGUUUACAUCGCCAGUCCUCACUCCAGCCCGGCCCAUAGCAAACCUGCUGCGGCUCAACCCACCGGUGCCAAAAAAGCCCUCAACAAGGUCAAAGUGCUCAUCACCAAUGAGAAACCCACGGCUGAAGCAGUGACUCUUAAUGACUGUCUCCAGCUCUCAUAUCUGCCGUCUAAGAGGAACCACAUGCUUCUGUUGUACCCGAGAGAGAUCCUCAUCCUGGACCUGGAGCUCAGCCAGACUGUUGGUGUGGUGGCCAUCGAGCGCUCCGGCGUGCCCUUCAUACAGGUGAUCCCCUGUGCUCAGAGAGAUGCGCUCUACUGCCUCCAUGAGAACGGUUGCAUCACAUUGCGUGUGUGUCGCUCCACAACACCUUCACCAAAUGAAACAGUGACUGAUCCAGAGCAGAAUUCCCAAGAGUUGGUGUACGAUCUCCGUUCCCAGUGCGAUGCCAUCCGCGUGACUAAGACCGUGCGUCCCUAUCGAGUGGUCAUCUGUCCUGUCAAUGAGAACAAGGCCGUGCUGGUGGUCAGUGAUGGAAGGGUGAUGCUGUGGGAACUCAAGGCUCAUGCCAGUAAAUCUUCAUCCAACCUGAGUUCCGGCUUGCCUCCUCUGUACUCUGCGGUGAAUUUCUGCGGGACGCCUUUACGUCAGAAUCAGAAAUGCAUCCCGGAUCUUUCUCUGAAUUCAAUGAUUGGUCACAGUCUGAUUCCUGGAGUGGACUCUCCGCGACCCCUGGCUGACCAGAAGGAAGUGCAUCUGAAGUUCCUGUUGACAGGUCUGCUCUCUGGCCUGCCUUUGCCUCCAUUCUCCCUGAGGAUGUGCCCUCCGCUCACCACCAAAAACAUCAACCACUACCAGCCCUUACUGGCCGUGGGAACAAGCAAUGGCUCUGUGCUGGUGUACAACUUGACAAGUGGCCUCCUGCACAAAGAGCUCAGUGUCCAUUCCUGCGAGGUCAGAGGAAUUGAAUGGAUUAGUUUGACUAGUUUUCUGUCCUUCGCCACCUCCGUCCCCAACAACCUUGGCCUUGUGAGGAAUGAGCUGCAGCAUGUGGAUUUGCGCACAGGGCGGUGCUUUGCGUUUCGCGGCGAGCGUGGCAACGAUGAACCAGCCAUUGAAAUGAUUAAAGUGUCACAUCUGAAGCAGUACCUGGUGGUGGUGUUCAGAGAUAAACCUCUGGAACUCUGGGAUGUCCGAACAGGAACACUGCUGCGUGAGAUGGCCAAGAAUUUCCCUACAGUCACUGCUCUGGAGUGGUCUCCUUCACACAACCUCAAAAGCCUGAAGAAAAAGCAGCUUGCAGCACGAGAAGCCAUGGCCAGACAGACCACCCUCGCGGAUGCUGAACAGAGCAGUGUGGAGUCCUCCGUCAUCAGCCUGCUGCAGGAUGCGGAGAGUAAGUCUGAAAGCAGUCAGGGCAUAUCGGCCCGCGAACACUUUGUGUUUACUGACACCGACGGCCAGGUCUAUCACAUCACCGUCGAAGGAAACACCGUGAAGGACGGCGCUCGUAUUCCUCCUGAUGGCAGUAUGGGAAGCAUUGCCUGUAUUGCAUGGAAAGGAGACACUCUAGUUCUGGGAGACGUUGAUGGAAACCUCAACUUUUGGGACCUAAAAGCCCGUCUUUCAAGAGGUGUUCCUACACACCGCGGCUGGGUGAAGAAGAUCCGCUUUGCUCCUGGAAAAGGCAACCAGAAACUCUUGGUGAUGUACACAGAUGGAGCUGAAGUCUGGGACACUAAAGAGGUGCAGAUGGUGAGCAGCAUCAGAGUGGGCCGCAACGUUAAUUAUCGUAUCUUGGAUAUCGACUGGUGCACGUCUGAUAAAGUGGUGCUAGCGUCAGAUGACGGCUGUGUCCGAGUGCUGGAGAUGGCCAUGAAGUCAGCUAGUUACAGGAUGGAUGAGCAGGACCUGACAGAUCCAGUGUGGUGUCCGUAUCUCCUCCUGCCACGUGCCGCACUCACCCUAAAGGCUUUCCUGCUGCUGCAGCCGUGGACGGACGCUUUCACCAUGGACAUCACUCAAGUAGACUACAAAGAGAAAGAUGAAAUCAAGGGACUGAUCCAGGAACAGCUCAACUCUCUCUCCAAUGACAUCAAAAGUGUCCUGCAGGAUCCUAAUCUGAGCCUGCUGCAGCGCUGCCUCCUUGUGUCUCGGCUGUUUGGUGAUGAAUCAGACCUUCAGUUCUGGACGGUGGCUUCUCAUUACAUCCAGGCGUUUGCUCAGAGCGCUCAGUCCAAAGAAUCCGUCCCAGAAGGCCAAACGGCAGCCAGUCAUCUGGACAUCUGCCAUGAUAUCCUCUGCGAAAGCUCCUUCUUCCAGGGCUUUCAGCUGGAGCGUGUUCGUCUGCAGGAAGUGAAGCGGUCCAGCUAUGAACACACCAAAAAGUGUGCAGACCAGCUCCUUCUGCUGGGACAGACGGACCGUGCGGUGCAGUUGCUUUUGGAGACGAGCGCUGAUAACUCCAGCUAUUACUGUGACUCUCUGAAAGCCUGUCUGGUGACCACCAUCACCUCCUCCGGCCCGUCCCAGAGCACCAUUAAACUGGUGGCCACAAACAUGAUCGCCAAUGGGAAGCUGGCAGAGGGUGUGCAGUUACUCUGUCUGAUUGAUAAAGCGGCGGAUGCGUGUCGGUAUCUGCAGACGUAUGGAGAAUGGACACGCGCCGCCUGGCUGGCCAAGGUGCGUCUGAAUGCAGCGGAGGGUUCAGAUGUGCUGAAGCGCUGGGCAGAGCAUCUGUGUUCUCCUCAGGUCAAUCAGAAGUCAAAGGCCAUCCUGGUGCUGCUCUCACUGGGCUGCUUUCAGAAAGUGGGCGAGAUGCUCCACAGCAUGAGAUAUUUCGACCGCGCCGCGCUCUUUAUCGAAGCCUGCUUGAAAUAUGGAGUGAUGGAGACCAACGAUGACAUUAAUAAGCUGGUUGGCGCUGCUUUUGUGGACUACGCCAAGCUGCUUCGCUCCAUCGGACUGAAUCAGGGCGCUGCUCACUGGGCGUCCCGAGCCGGAGAGGCUGGAAAGCAGCUUUUGGAGGAUCUUUCUCAAACUGAGGGAACGGGCACCGAAUCCAGCCCAGCCGACGACACGGACAACAACCUGGUGAAUAUUGAAUGACCUGUCCAGAGGGAAAGACAAGUGAAGGAUUUCAAAAGUAAAUAAAAAGAUGCACAGUAUCUCCAAAACAUACCCUCAAGCAUGUAAGUCAGCAAUACACUUCAACUCAUAGAGUAUCUGUCUGGUUAUUAUUUGUCUGGUUUUCAUAGUAGUCUAAGUGUGUGAGAUGUGUCUGAAAACAUUCCUCAAAAACCCAAUGGAUACUAAACCCGUUCUUGUGCUUAUCAGCCAAAUGCAUUCUCAUGAUGAAUUAGGAUGUAACCAAAAGAAUU